UUUUUUUUUUCUUUUUUUUUUUUAAUGAUUGUAUCUUUAUUAUAUAACGUAUAACCGCUUAAAACGUUUUACUCUUCACUGCAGUAUUAGUUUAUGACGUCAUAAGAGUGUGAGAUUAUGCGAGUUUUCCUUUCACUAUACACUGGAAUAAAUUGUUUUUUCAUACUAUCACUAAGAUUGGAUAGUACAAAUUGUUGAAAUAUAUUCUAAAAAUAUAUUUUUCAAUUCGCAGGUUAAUUAAAUGGUUCCGAAAUUUCAGGAAUGGAAUUUCGAUUAACUGUAAUCAUUAGAUUCCUUGUGUUUCUUAGAAGAAAAGAUUCACAGAUUAACUAUUUGUAUACUUAUUUAUUAAUGUUGCACAAUCAAAAAUUUUUUUCCAUACAUGUUUCAUUAACUUGUGUUUAAAAAAAAAUAAUGAUUUAACGGAAAUUUUUAUGUCAGUUUAUCUUUGAAGAAUGUAGGAAGAUCUUUACAAGGUCAAAUUCACGGCGAUACAUCAUAAAAAUCUUGUGGUUAUAAUUGUGAUGUUGAAGUUUAUAAAAUAAUAUAAAUAUAAUUUAUUCUUUCUUAGACAUAAAUAUUAAUUGAGAGGUAUUGUUUGGCGUUAUGUACUGAAUUAUUAUUAUAUUUUUUUUUUAUAAAAAUGCUUUUUUAUAAAAAUUCUGCAUCCGUUUAGAAUAGUGUCUGAAAAUUAGGUUUCAAAGCGUGAAGCUUUAUAAAAUAAAAAAUCAAAAAUGUUUAUAAGUGCAGACAAAAAAUUUGAAUCAUCCUUUUUAAAUGUAUGAUAAUCUGAAAUCUAUGUAAUGUCAUCUAAUAAGUUAGAAAAAAAUCGAUUAAGCAAUAAAAAUCAGUCGAGCUAUGAAAGUGAGUGACGGAAGAGCGGUCAAAGAGAUUAUGGGUAAUGCAUAUAAUUAUAAGCUUGAUUAUAAUUUAUGCGCAAAACUCGUUGGCGACGUCAAUGAUGAACUUUAACCCUUCCAGAUUUAACUAAGUUUUUGACUUAUCAAUUCACUUCAUUCAUAUAAAAUUCCUAUAAAUUGAACAUUUUUUUCUCUUAUCUCAUAUCGUUCUUUUUUUGAAAGACAUCAAUAUAUAAACCGACACUGUUCACUACACCGAUCUGUAAAUUUGAAGUUGGGCCAUUUCUCAAGUUCGUUCAAACCGUUUAAUCAUGUGGACAUAUAAAUAUUAUCUUCUGGAUCCCAGUUGCAGUUCGAUUUUUCUGAAAUAUAUUUUUGUUGUAAUGAGCAAGGUGAUUCUGAACUGUUACUUCCGAGAUCGCUUCCGACUUCAUAGUUGAAAAGUCUCGAGUCCGGUUCAGUGCCUUUUUUUACGAGUCGGCGAUAUCUCGAAUUCAAAUCGCUUGACUCCGUGAUGCGGGCGUUACGCUUUGGCGGCGCGUAACGAGUUCGCGUACGGAUGAUUCGCCGUGGAAUCCCGUGGAAUCCCGUGGAAUUACCGGGCGGCAAAUGUAAAUUUGGUACGUGAGCAAAAAAUAAAAUCGCGGCGCGAACACGAUCGAGGUGAGCGGCUCCAGUCGGCCUUCACUGUCGCGGCAUGGAAUGCCCUCUCCGCGGGGGAAUCCCUGAGGGAGACCCUGAAAACUAUCGCCCUCGAGCCUUCACCCACCGGACACUGGCACUGGACGAAGGCGAAGUCAAGAAAGGCUCGGGAACUAACCGUGCGGUCAGCCGCAACAGGGAUAAAAUCAUCGUCGACGACGUAUCUGCAUUCAGUACGUUCUGACAAUCCCUGCAUUCAAUACGUCCUGACGAUAUGGAAGGAGAUUCCUCCGAGUGACUUUUGACCAUUUGGUUUAAAUAGUGCGUGCGCUCAUUCUCCCGGACGUCGGGUGCGCGGAACGUAUCCAUUUCGAACGUUUGAAUUAUAAUAUUUGAAAAGCAAUCUUUGAAAAAGCUUUGUUUGCAAUCUAUUGCAAUUUUAGUACAAAAAUGACUAUAAAAUCAAUACCCGAGUGGUUUGCUAAUAAAAAUAUUCUUAUUACCGGUGGUACCGGAUUUAUGGGAAAAGUUCUAAUUUCUAAAUUAUUACUGAGUUGUCCCGACAUUGGUGAUAUUUUUUUAAUAAUCAGGAAGAAAAAGGGCGUUGAUUCACAUACAAGAUUGCAUCUGAUAUUACAGCAAGAGCCAUUUAGAAUUCUCAGAGAACAAUACCCGCAGCGACUUAAGAAACUUGUUGUCAUAAUCGGCGAUACAACCAUCGAGGAACUCUCUUUAUCUGUCGCGGAUAAGGAACGUCUCGUCAACAAUGUUUCCGUCGUCUUUCACAUGGCUGCUAAUGUCAGGUUCGACCUGUCACUGAAAACCGCCGUCAAAAUAAAUACCAUGGGUACCAUAAACGUCGUGACAUUAGCGAAACAGAUGCCUCUACUCGAGUCAUUUAUUCACAUUUCGACAUCUUUUUGUCAAUGUGGCGAAUCGAUGUUGGAAGAACGCGCUUAUCAAACCGACGUCUCAUCAGAAAAUGUCAUUCGCAUGGUUAACACAAUGACAGAUGAAGCCUUAGGGGCAAUCAGAUUGCAAUUAUUGGGCAAGCAACCGAACACGUACGCCUACAGCAAGGCACUCAGCGAAGAUUUCGUGUCGAGAUGCGGUCUACCCGUAGGAAUCAUACGACCAUCAAUAGUUGGCGCGUCUUACAAAGAGCCUGUCCCUGGUUGGGUGGACAAUAUGAAUGGUCCAACUGGGUUAAUGAUCGGCGCAGGUAAGGGGGUCAUACGAUCCAUGCUCUGCAACGCAGAUUAUUUAACGGAUGUGGUGCCUUGCGACAUGGCCGUAAACGCGACAAUCGCUCUGGCCUGGCAAGUCGGAACGGAGAGUUCCACGGAGCCAAUAUUUUUAAAUGACACAGCGAAUCAGGAAAAUCCGAUUUCCUGGGGUGAUGCCUUGGAGAUGGGGAAGAAGCACGUAUUCGCGAACCCUUUCUCGCAACCGCUUUGGUAUCCCGGUGGGAGAAUGACUUCCUCCAAAGUUUUACAUUGGUUCGCCGUCAUGUUCUUUCACACUAUACCCGCCUAUCUGUUGGAUAUACUUCUUAUUGUUACCGGAAAUAAGCCCUUCUUGGUGCGAGUACAAAGUAGAGUAAACUCUGGGUUGGAAUUACUUCAGUAUUACACCAUGAAACAGUGGAUCUUUUGUAACGACAAUCUGCGCAAUUUGCAAGACCGUUUGUGUCCCUCUGAUAAAGAAAUAUUUUUUAUGGACACGAAGCUCCUGCGUUGGAACGAGUAUUUGUUGGCGUAUAUCUUGGGUGCGAGACAAUAUUGCUUAAAGGAUGAUCCUUCGACGCUACCAAGAGCAAGACGAAUCUUCAUGUACUUAUAUUUCGCCGAUUAUCUGCUUAAAAUAAUAUUUGGGAGUUUCCUUAUUUGGAUACUGUAUACCUGGAUGAUCUCUGCUAAACCCAUUAUAGCGAUGCUAGUCGAAUCGACUGAAUAAUUGUAGGGUAUAAAACUUGCUUAAAUAAGUCGACAACAUUUGAUGUACAAUUGAACAUUACUGUGCAAAGAGAAGUCAAGAUUUUUAAAUUUUUCAAUGACAUUGCAAAGUGUUAUCAAAUAUAUAUAAUAUGCAUAAAAUAGAAUUAAUUAAAAAUUAUCGUGUAUCGUAAAAAACGGAAAAUACCUUAUUUUUCAGUCAACAUUACAGAAUAACAUUAUUUUUCUAAAAUGUGAUGUUGUAAAUAUUAUUUUUAUUAAUACAAAAACUAAUUUUAUAAAGUUUCCUUUUGCACAUCUAUAUUCAAUUGAUAUUAUCUUAUGUUAAUAAUGUAUAAAUAACAAGACUACAUCGACGAUAUAAUUCAUAUAUGAUUUCAGUUAAGAAAUGUGCCAACAUUUAUAAAAUGUUAUUAUAUUAUAAGAAAGGUUAACAUUAAUAAUAAUUAAUAAUAAUG